GUAGUGAGUCACGUUGUGCGCUGGGCAGGAUCCGUACAGCCGCAUUGUUGUUGGGGGCAGGAACGGCGAGCUAGCCUGCUAGCACCGAUAAAGAUCGCAUCUUACCACAUUAAACCGACCGACCACAUAAACAGGCGAAUGUUCGUUUUAAGGCGCGGGUUAAUGCGGCUUACACAGCUCCUCUCGGAAUCCAGGCGGCUGUCUUGCCGUAUCCUUCAAACACGAGUAAAAGCUCGAGCGGCUCUCGUUGGAUGCUAACGCUGUCCUAGCAGGCACUGGCUGCGUGCUUUAGCCUCCUGUGCUCUACCACAGGCCCUACACGGCGCGGCCGCUUUUAGCUAAGUUAGAAGCUAGCGUGCUACAGCAUUGCUUUGAGGGCUUACUCUACGACACUUCGAAGCCGAAGGCUUUGACGAACCGUUUGAUGAACCGUUUCAAGCUUGGCUUUCCGUUGCUAUGGGCACAGAGCGAGUUCGUUACAGAUAGGUUUCUGUCGGAGGCAGAUUGGAUACAUUGCUAGGUUUACAGUAAUCAAAACAGAGAGAGCUGUAACAUAAGGAACUUCCUCCAGGUGUUAAAAAUGAGGAAGAAAAGUCGGAGUAAUCGUGCAGCCACUACGCAGAGGUCUCCAUCACCCAUCAAACCCUCACGAAACCGUGAGACUCUCACCUAUGCCGAGGCCCAGCGUAUGGUAGAGUUGGACAUUGAAGGACGUGUUCACCGAAUCAGCAUCUAUGACAAGCUUGAUAUCAUCAACAGUGAUGAUCCUUUAGCUCAGGAGAUAAGUGAAUGCAACAGCAACAAAGAGAACACAGAGAAACCUCAGCAGGUUUUAGUGCGCUCUGUACGACUCAAAAACAAUCAGCAGAAGAAGUGUGCUGCUCUCACUGCAGGACAGGCCUCUCCAGCUCAGGGGAGGUUGCCAGAGCCAAAAAUUCGAACGGUUGAAUAUAAUCUUCCAGCUGUGCCACGAAGACCCUCCUGUUAUUACACUUACAUGGAAAAGACAUUAGAUGAGCUGGAUGAAGAGGUGGAGUAUGAUAUGGAUGAGGAAGAUUAUGCAUGGCUGGAUCUGAUCAAUGAGAAGAGAAAGAGUGAUGGUUAUAGCCAGGUGUCCCAGAAUGUUUUUGAGUUUCUGAUGGACCGCUUUGAGAAGGAGUCCUUUUUUGAAAGCCAGGGUCAGGGGGAUCCACAGUCCCUUAUUGAUGAGGAUGCUGUGUGUUGCAUCUGCAUGGAUGGCGAGUGUCAGAACAGUAAUGCUAUUCUUUUUUGUGACAUGUGCAACUUAGCAGUGCAUCAGGAGUGUUAUGGGGUCCCUCACAUCCCAGAGGGCCAGUGGUUGUGCCGCCAUUGUUUACAGUCUCCUUCCCAGCCUGCAGUGUGUAUUUUUUGCCCCAAUAAAGGAGGAGCACUUAAGAGGACAGAUGAUGAUCGUUGGGGCCAUGUAGUCUGUGCCAUUUGGGUCCCUGAGGUCGGCUUUACCAACACGGUCUUUAUUGAGCCCAUUGAUGGUGUCGCUAACAUUCCACCAGCUCGUUGGAAGCUGACUUGCUACCUCUGUAAAGAGAGAGGAGUUGGUGCAUGCAUACAGUGUAGUAAGGCCAAUUGUUAUACUGCCUUUCAUGUGAGCUGUGCUCAGAAAGCUGGCCUGUACAUGAAGAUGGAGCCCAUCAAAGAAGUGACUGAUACAGGAUCCACAACAUUUUCAGUGAAGAAGACGGCAUAUUGUUGUUCGCACACUCCCAAUGGUUGUGUUAGGAGGCCUCUUGCCAUUUAUGAAGAGGCCCAACCCAAAAACGGACUAUGCCAGAAGGGCAAACAGAAAAAUGGAAGGACAAGGGUAAAGGGAUGCCAGAAAAAGAAGAAUAAAAAAGUAGAGGCAGAGCCUGUUCAAGUGGUUCCAGCUGUGUCUGUGCCAAGUAUAACACCUAAAAGCUUCAACACUAUCCUCAACCAAGUUUCUGUGCAAAGGAAAAGGCUGUUUGUGGAGCGUGUUCUCAGUUACUGGAUGCUGAAAAGGCAGUCAAGAAAUGGUGUGCCUCUUAUUCGACGUCUGCAGACCACCAUACAGAUUCAAAAAACACCACAAUUGGAGCAAAGAGAGGAUGACUGCAGGACACUGAAGGAGCAGCUAAAGGACUUGCAUCGCUUGCGGCAUGACCUGGAGCGGACACGCUUGCUGCUGGAGCUCAUUCGCAAGCGAGAGAAGCUCAAGAGAGAGCAGAUGAAGCUUCAGCAGUCAGUGCUGGAGAUGCAGCUUACUCCGUUUACUCUUGUGCUGCGAACUGUGCUGGACCAGCUUCAAGAGAAAGACCAGACCAGAGUGUUUGCUGAGCCUGUGAACAUUAAGGAGGUUCCAGAUUAUCUUGAUCACAUCUCCCACCCAAUGGACUUCUCUACCAUGAGGAAACGCAUCAGUGCCCAUGAGUACAAUAAUUUGGAUGAGUUUGAAGAUGACUUCAACCUCAUUAUCAAUAACUGCAUGAAGUACAAUGCCAAGGAUACUUUUUUCUACCGUGUUGCUGUGCGCAUGCGAGACUAUGGAGGAGUUAUCCUCAGAAAGGCUCGACGAGAUGUGGAGCGGAUAGGCUUUGACUUCCCCAGUGGGUUGCAUCUACCAGAACCACCUAAAAUAGAGCCUCCUCCAGCCCUGACAUGGGAAGCAGUGGACCGGCUGCUGAAUCCAGCAAAUCGGGUGAACAUGUCUUUGGAGGAGCAGCUUAAUAAGCUGUUAGAGAUGCUGGAUUUAACCACUGCUAUGAAAUCUAGCCCAUCACGGAGCAAGCGCCUCAAGCUGCUAAAGAAGACCAUUGGUGAUGUCCGAUUUGAAAUGAGCCAGCAGACCAAUUGCCCUCCUCAAGAACGACCCCAGGAGAUGGACGCAAUAUGCCCUGUUUCAGAGUGUCUAGAUGAAGAAGUUGACAAUUCAUUACCUCCCAAACUGGAGCCUUCAGUUUCUGUUCCACUUGUUCCAAAUUUGGACAGCCCUUCAGAGCCCCCUGCACUGAAACCCAUGGAGCCUAGCCCUGAUAAGUGCCCAAGAAAGGUCAAAUUUGAUGGAAAGAUGCUCUCUACCUCACUCUUAAAUGGACUUUCCAAUGAAGUGCAACCCUCUGAAAGCAAUGUUGUGGUAGCUACCUCCACACUCACAGAACCAGCAGGCACAGUUAACCGAAGGACUGCAGUGCUCUUCCGAAAGUCUAAGAGUGUUAGCCCACAGAAGCCAGCAAAGGUUGGACAAGCUUCAGUGGACUGCCCUCAGCUGGGCUCCAAGACAAUUUUGUCAGUGGUCAUUCCUCGUCUAGAGACCCUGCUCCAACGAAGGAAGAGGACACGUAGUGGAGACAGCCAGGAUGGAGAUGAGGAGGCACGCCCAGUGAAGCGUUUUGAUAAUGGGCUGUCUAAUGGCUUUGUAUUGGGGCCAAAGAAAGAGCUAAGUGGCAGAGUGCUAGAACCUCGCCGCCGCUGUGCCUCAGAGUCCAGCAUCUCCUCCAGUGGAAGCACCAGCGUGCUGGGAAAUGCGGGGUAUGAACACUCUCCUCUUGGCUUGCUUAGCACUGUCAGCCAGCCUAAGAGUGGGAAAGGGAAGCAGGCGAUGGCACGACGAAACACGACGGAUGACAGAAAUGAACUGACUGCGUGCAUGGAAAUGGGGAGCAUUUCCAAAGCAAGCAAGUUGGCAGCUGAACUUGACAACAGCAAUAUAUGGAUGCCCUCUAAUACUACCACACUAACUCUGGAACCCUUUAAACUAGUCUGGGCAAAACUUAGUGGAUAUCCCUCCUACCCUGCCUUGAUCAUAGACCCGCAGAUGCCCCGGGCGGGUUAUCAUCGCAAAGGCGUGUUCAUCCCCACUCCUCCACGGGACGUGCUCAGGGUCGGCGAACUGAUGCAGUACAGGUCAGAGGAGAAACUCUACCUCGUCCGCUUCUUCGACAACAAGCGCAACUGGCAAUGGCUUCCUAAGUCCAAAAUGGUACCUUUUGGGAUCAGUGAGACUUUAGAUAAAAUCAAAAUGUUGGAGGGACGCUCGUCGAGCAUUCGCAAAGCUGUGCAAAGCGCCUUCAGCCGUGCCAUGAACCACUUGAGCCUAGUCCAGGACUUAAGUGACGGGGACUAAAACCUCAUUUAAUGGAUCUCUCCAGGGCUCAUCAGCCCCAUGUUUACCUAGUGUUACACUUGCAUAUCGGGGUGGCCAUGUUUAUGAGGAGCCUGAUUGGGGCUUCUUCUCGAUGGCCUUUCAUCAAUAGCAAGAUGAGUUUCUCAAAUGAAUGCGAGAGGAUCUUCACCCUCCACUAAUGUGCUGCAAGACUGCUGUGAACCUUCACUGCCAUCACAACUCUCCCAUUCACUCCAAUCAUCAACCAUUCACAAAAGCCACGUAUCCAACCUUGCCUGUAAAUACCAGACUAUUGUAAGUUAUCCAACACUAAUUUAUUUUUUGGUUGGUACCGCACAUGACCUCAUGGAAUAUUUCUACUCCAAGGUGAAUUCUCAACUUCGCACUGAGGUGCGGAUCCCGCUGGUGCUACAAUGCGAGAAAAGCCUCAAGAUUUUUUCCCCCAACCCACACCCCCCAGAGACAUGGAUGAGGCUGUCGCACUUACUGUAUGAAACAAAAUUUCUUUUUAGCAGUUAAGUUAUUUAAAUUUACCAAUGCAAGCUUCUCCUCCUUGGCAUUAACAUGUUAUCUACUUUUUUAUAUAAUGACAGAUAUUCUUAUGGGACACAACUAUGUGCUGUUUGUAAAUAUUUAUAUAAAAAGCUAUGAAAUUCUAUACUGUAUAUGUAAUGGUCAAAAAAAUUUUGAACGGAGGAAAAAAAAAAGGUAAA